UGGGUGUGAGUUUACUAAAGAGCCCACCACUAAGGUUGUUGGAAGAGAAACAAAUAUUAAGAAACAAUGAGAGAAAGACGAAAAGAAAAGAGAGAGAACAUUCACGGGCAACUCCAAACUCCAAACAAACAACAACAACUGUUCAAUUUUCUUUGCCACUGACCCACAAAGCCCACAUUUUUAUAACCCAAAAGUUGAACUUCUCUGUCUUCUGCCUCUGCUUCUGGCUGUGGCUUACAUUCACUCUCUCUCUCUCUCUCUCUCUACUUGGAUGUCAGUGGAAGCACCCGUGACCUUUAACUCCAUUGAUUCUCAUUCUCUAAUUACCCUUCACUUUCCACCUAAUACAUUUCUCCAAUUAAGCUGCCUCUACUCUGUUUCUGUAAUCUCUGAUCUGUGUUGUAUAUAAACCCAUUUCCAGUUUUCCUUUUCCAUAACAAUUCCAAAUUAUAUUCCCUCUUCCACUUCCACUUCCACCUUCCAAAUUCUUCAUCUGAAAUGUCAAGACUUCAGCCCCUUCUCCUUCUGCUUUUGCUGAGUCUGAGUUUGAGUGUCACGCAGAGCCACUGCCACACCAAGGGGAUCAGGCCCCGGAACGAGGUCCGGAGUGCUCUUCCGAAGAAUUCGACCAACACCCAAUUCUCAGAACAGCAAUUCAUGAAGUGGGUCAAAUUCGUGGGGACCCUCAAGCACUCUGUUUUCCGGACGGCCAAGAACAAGAUUUUCCCUUCUUACACGCUCCACGUGGCUAAGAAUCCCGCCGCCGGCGACUUCACGUCCAUCCAAGACGCCGUGGAUUCGCUCCCCUUCAUCAAUUUGGUCAGAGUCGUGAUCAAGGUUCAUGCAGGUGUUUACACGGAAAAAGUGAACAUACCACCGCUGAAAUCAUUCAUAACAAUCGAAGGCGCAGGAGCAGACAAAACGAUCGUUCAAUGGGGGGACACAGCACAGACGCCUGGCCCAAAGGGGCAGCCAAUGGGGACCUACAACUCCGCCACAUUCGCAGUAAAUUCCCCUUACUUCAUAGCCAAGAACAUCACCUUCAAGAACACAACCCCAGUGCCGGCGCCAGGGGCAAUCGGGAAGCAGGCGGUGGCGUUCCGAAUAUCCGCCGACACGGCGGCGUUCUUCGGCUGCAAAUUCCUCGGGGCUCAGGACACGCUGUACGACCAUCUGGGUCGGCAUUAUUACAAAGAUUGCUACAUCGAAGGGUCCGUGGAUUUCAUAUUCGGGAAUGGGCUGUCUCUGUUCGAGGGGUGUCACGUGCACGCAAUAGCGCAGUACACAGGGGCGUUGACAGCGCAGGGGAGGAGCAGCCUGCUGGAGGACACAGGUUUCUCAUUCGUAAACUGUAAGGUCACGGGCUCUGGUGCGCUCUACCUCGGCCGGGCUUGGGGCCCCUUCUCAAGGGUCGUCUUCGCUUAUACGUAUAUGGACAACAUCAUCAUUCCCAAAGGCUGGUACAACUGGGGCGAUCCCAACCGCGAAAUGACUGUGUUUUAUGGGCAAUACAAAUGUACAGGAGAGGGAGCAAGCUAUGCAGGCAGAGUUUCAUGGUCCAGAGAGCUGACUGAUGAAGAGGCCAAGCCUUUUAUUUCCCUUAGCUUCAUUGAUGGCUCUGAAUGGAUCAAAAUAUAAACCUUUUUUUCUUUUUCUUAUACACAUUUGGGAGAAUUUUACUUAUCAUUUAGAGAAAAUUGGAAUACCAUAUGGGGUUAGCGGCUACCUAUGUAUUUAAAUCAUUUCACUUUAUUCAUAAAUCUAUAAAAUUAUAUUCACAAUAUUAUAUAUGCAUUUAUCAUA